CUCCUUUGCCGCUUUAUCCGUGGAGAUCCAUUAGAGGAAGCUUAUAAGAACCGCUGAUCAUUGUGUCUGUAUGCCAUGCAUGUUGACAGCCUAUAAAGCAGAACAGUGUCCUUCCCUUGAAUCAAAUAAGUUUCCCCGCGCCAAAUCGAUCACUCGACGGUUUCAUAUUCCUUCCAUUAUUUCUGCACAAACAUGUUUUACGAACCCGGUGUCACUGAGCAUGGCCUCCCCCAUGAUCCUUUCAAGGCCUGCGUGGUUCCUCGUCCUAUUGGGUGGAUUUCCACCAAGAAUAAAAAAGGACAAUGUAACCUGGCGCCUUACUCACAGUUCAAUAACCUGACUUUUGAUCCGCCAUACGUGAUGUUUUCUUCCAAUCAGACCGCUACUGGCGCGCGCAAGGAUACAGUGGUGAACGCUGAAGAAACUGGAACUUUUGUCUGGAACCUGGCUACCUGGGAUCUGCGUGAAGCGGUUAAUAUCUCGGCCGAACAGACCCCUUAUGGGACCGACGAAUUUGAACUAUGCAAUAUUACUAAGGAACAAGCGACCCUUGUGGAUGUUCCAAUGGUGAAGGAGUCGCCCGUGAAGUUCGAAUGCGAGUACCACACGACGGUUAGACUGCCAGGAAACCCACCCAUGGGGACCGUCGAUAUCGUCAUUGGAAAGGUUAUCGGGGUUCAUAUUGCUGAUGAAGUGCUCACCGAUGGAUUGCUGGAUAUUAAGAAAACCCAGCCGAUCGCUCGCUGCGGGUAUUAUCAGUAUACCGUUGUUCGAGAUACAUUUGAGAUGAUAAUCCCAAAUAUGUCGGCGGACGUUCUAUAUGGCUUGGAGGGAAAUGCGGCCCGUAAUCGGCAGAAGAACGAGGAGAACGAAGAGAGCUCUAACAACUAGCAAUGGCUAAUGGUGGAAUGAAAAUCCUGCCGUUCC